CCAUCCAUGUAAGCCAGGGGUCACCAACGUGGUACCCGAGGGCACCAGGUAGCCCCCACGACCACAUGAGGUGCCCGCAAGCCUGCUUUUCAUUCAGGUGUUCAGUUAUUAAUGAAAGAACAGUAGAAAGAAAUGCAUUGUGAAAUACAACAUGUGAGUUGUGGACACCAGUUUGUUCAUGUUCUGGUAAAACAAGCAUAUUCGCUUUGUUUGGGUUUAAAAUAAGCUCUGAAAAGAAAUGUUACAAAAAUAAGUAGCUCUUGGCCAUUUUUAUUUUGUAAAAGUAGCUCUCACGAGGAAAAACAUUGGUGACCCCUGGUGUAAGCUAAUACCCGCUAGCAAACGAGCAACACAAUUUGGAGAAUAAAUAUACAUGGUGGCAUGUUUCAAACUGGUCAAAUUAACCAGACUGAUUCGUCUUACAGAAAUACCACUUCAACUUGAUUCAGACGAGCUCCAUGGGCGCUAAGGAGCUACUUGACAACACAACAGGUAUUGCAGUGCAUUAUGGGACUUGUAGGACCAGAGGCGUGAUCGCAGUAUUCAUUGUGGACAUUCCUGCCAUCCUCCAGGUUUGUGGAACCCAAUCUCCACAGUCGGGCCGAAGUGGCUUUUAUGAUCCCAGCUUGGAUAAAAAAGAGAUGGAAUCACUUGUCUUUUGGCCUCCUGGCCUCCUCAUACUGCUGUGGGGACCCAUCGAUGGACCAACAAACACCUUAGACUGAAGUGCACGUCCAGUCCAAACAUAUCUGCAGCUUCUUGAAGGCCGUCAAGUGUCACCGAGAGGGCUGAGAGUGUGUGCGCGCUCAUGGCUCUGCAGGAGCUCGGCGUCAGCCUGACCAUGAUCGGCGUGGCGGGGACCAUCCUCAUCUGCGCCCUGCCCAUGUGGAAGGUGACGGCCUUCAUUGGGACACGCCUGGUGGUCAUGCAGGUGUUCUGGGAGGGUUUGUGGAUGACGUGUGUCAGCGAGUACACGGGUCAGAUGCAGUGCAAGCUCUACGACGCCCUCCUGGAUCUGUCGCCCGACCUGCAGGCGGCGCGUGGCCUCGUCUGCAUCAGCCUGGUGCUAGGAUGUCUCGCCUUCCUGGUCUUCCUGCUGGGGGCUCGCUGCACCAAGUGCCUGAGCCACCCACGCGUUAAGACCCGGGUGGUGUUGGGGUCGGGGGUCAUCUUCUGCUUGGCGGCCCUCGCCUCGCUGGUAGCGGUAUCCUGGACGGCCAACACCAUCAUCAGAGACUUUCACAACCCCCGCGUCCCUGAGGUGCUCAAGAGGGAGCUCGGGGCGGCCAUCUAUAUUGGCUUUGUCACAUCUGGCCUGCUCUUCUGUGGGGGGGUCAUUCUGUGUGCGAGCAGGUCGCCACCAAGGGCCACGUUCUAUUCCAGUGGGUACAAGCCAACUAGGACCUCCGCACACAGCAGCUACGCCAUCAAGAACUACGUCUAGAAUCCACCUUCACGACUUUGUUUUUACAAUUUUGGUGCUGAGCCUGGACGUGGCUUUAAGAUGUUUCAAACAUCACUUCCUCCUUUUCCACGGGGCUGACACGCAGUCCAGCAAUUUAACGAGUCUUCAAGGAACCUAACCUGCUGCAAAGACAAUUUAGGGCGCGGCGGCACAUUCUAAAAAUAUACUUUAACAGGAAAACGAAAAAAGUACAUAAACAACUGCAAAAGUGGAAAAAUCAGCAGUAAUUUUACAAGAAUAAAGUCUAAAUAUUACGGGAAAAAAGUUGUUUCUUUUGACAUCGUAAUAUUAUGAG